AGUCCGGGUAAGAUUUUCUCUUACAUUGUAUGCGGCGGUGGUAGCGGCGCGAUAAUAGAAAGCAAUCCAACAGAAAGUGAAGAGAGAAAAAAGAAUUCGUUGUGCAUGUUUCCAUUUUCGGGGGGUUUGGAUAGCCUGCGAAUUUUGUCUCUCUCUUUUUUUUUUAAUUUGAUUGAUUGUAUAUACGAAAAAGUGUGACAAAUCCGUGGAAAACAUUUGGAGAAAAAAAUGGUAUUUUUGGAUAUUCUUUUACAAAAAUAAAUAAAAUAAUAAACGAAUUCGAUUGAAUGUCCGUUUUAAUGCUGUUCUGUUUAAAUAAACACCAAAUCACGCCUAAAUCAUUUCGUUUCGGAUUGCAAAUUUGGUGCCCAUAUCACCAAAUGCUAAUAAACAGCAAAUAAAAGAGAAGAGGAAAUAAAAUGAACGUUUGCAGAAAAAAAAGAGGAAUAAAAAAUAGUCGUAUACGCAUACCCACAUUCAAACCAAUACACGUAUAAUAAAACAUCUCAAACAGUGCAAUAAUAAAAUCGAGUUUAAUAGCAAUAUUGUUCAAUCAUAAAUAAGUUUUUUUUUUUGUAAAAGAGAAGAGCAACGCCAAUCACAUCGAUGUUACAAGCAGUGCAAUUUGAGAAUAAAAUUAAAAGAAACGAAGCAGAAGAAAGGAAGAAAUGAAGAAGAUUGAAUCACGGUGAAAAGUGAAAGGAACUAAAGGCGAGAAGAGUGCAAGCAACGAGAAUAUAUAUAAAUCGAAAAGAUAAACGUAAUAGAGAAAGAGAGAGAGGAAAGUAAAGCACAGGAGAUAGGCAGGAAUCCAGCUUAAUAAAUUUCUUGUAGAAAUUAUAUCAACAAUCAACAAGCGCAAAAAGUCGUAAUAAAUUAAAAUUAAACUGUGCUAAAUUGAAAUGGUCGAAAAUUAUAUGGCAACCAAAAUACAAUGCAUUAAUACGAGUAAUUUUAAAAUGCUAACAAUAUGUAAAUUCAAAGUUAUUGCAAAGUGAAACGAAAAAACGGAAACAGCAACAACAACAACAACAACAGCAGCAGCAGUAGCAGCAGCAGAGGAAGGAAGAAAGCGUUGCACACGAACUUACACAUAACGAACUGAAAUCAUAAACCUAAUCUGAAUUGAGUGUGUUUUUUUUUUGUUUCAGUUUGUGUAUUUCUCUCUCUCUCUGCUUCUCUCACUCUCGCUCUUUCUCUCUGUCCCAGCCUUUCACUCCUUCACCUCGGCCAUUGUCUUUUACACUUUGAGCCGUUUUGCCUCCUGACACAGCAAUAGUUAGUGUGUGCUCUUUUUAUUUUUUUCGGCUUCCCCGAUGCCAAAGCCUGAAAUUGAAACAUAACACAACAUAAAUGUAUAGAUGUGCGAGUGUGAACACCGUGUUGGAAUUGUAAAAGGAGUGAAAAUAUAAUCGGAGUGAGGGUAUAAUAAAAAGAAAAAGAAGCUAAACGCUCACAAGUAUGCAUAAUAAAUCAAAUACACAUCAUAUAAAACAUACAUUAUACAUUCCGACAGCCGUCGUCUACUGAAAAUAGUGGAGCGCACAGGAAUACAAAUAUUAUUUUUAAACAUAAAACAAGUGCUGAAAGCAUGUUCCGAGGACACGAUUAUAUAUGGUCUUCAAAGUUUCGUAGUAAUUAGUCGUGUUGGUGUUGUUGUUGGGCGCAAUACAUAUAACGCGCGCGCGAAAGCACGCCGCGACAAGUGGUACAAUAGCCUGGCAUUAUUACAAGCCAAAGCAACCCGUAGCUAUUUGCAAAAGCACACCACCGACUUAGCUCUCUUUUCUCUCUUUCUCACUCACACAUACACACACACAGACACACUCUCUCUCUCUAUCUCUAUCUCACUCGGUCGUUCAAUAGCUCAAUAGCUCAAUCAGUUUUGCCAGCUAAAUAUAUUUGCAGAAUCCUCUUACACAAAAACGUUACAACGAAACAAACGAAAGAGCAAAGCGAACACACCAAAAACGAAGACAAACGACAGAGAAUAAGAGUCCUGUGUGCAUAAAAAUAAAGAAAGGAAAAGUGAAAGACGAUACCGUUGUUUGAGAGCUGCCGAAACAUACCGAGAUAGCGAAGCAAGAGAAUAGAUAGAGUGUGACGAAAGCACCCAACGACUUGUGUGAGAAAAUCAUCGAACCAUUGCAACAGCAGCAGCAGCAGCAGAGAUAGCAACAACAAAUCAACGCAAAUCAUCAACUAACGUCUGUUCGAUUGCUUAACAACAAUUACCUCCAAACCACCAACACACUCAUACACACACCAACACAUACACAGAAAGUCCCGUUGAAGAAGUAGUUUAUGAGUUAGAAACGACUCGUGUACCAAAACCAAUUCCCGUCGCAUUGGAGGACCUUUGUCGCCAAACAAAAUUCACGCGACAAGAGAUUCGAGUUAUGUAUCGUGGAUUCAAAACAGAAUGCCCUGAAGGUGUUGUUCAUGAAGAGUGUUUUAAAGAUAUCUAUGCAAAGUUCUUCCCUCAUGGCAAUUCAAGUAUUUAUGCACAUUAUGUGUUCAAAGCCUUUGAUGUGAACAGUAAUGGCAGCAUCAGCUUCAGAGAUUUGCUCGUGACAUUGUCAACACUAUUGCGUGGUUCAGUGUACGAACGACUUCGUUGGACAUUUAAAUUGUAUGACAUCAACGGUGAUGGGUGCAUAAGCCGAAGUGAGCUAGGCGAAAUCGUCCAAUCGGUGCACGAACUGAUGGGCCGUCGACCAAAUCAAACCGACGAUGAUCGAAAGGCUCGUGAACAAGUCGAAAAAGUAUUUAGAAAAUUUGACUUAAACCAAGACGGGGUCAUAACAAUAGAGGAAUUUUUAGAAACAUGCUUGAAGGACGACACAAUAACUAAAUCACUGCAAAUGUUCGAUGCGGAUCUUUGAUUAUCGCCCGAAGUGGUAGUCAACAAUAAAAAUAAGACUUUCUUUCCACUUAUAGACUUGUAAAAAAUAAAUACCAAACAAAGAAAAAAGGAUUUAACAAAUUUAUAAAAUAAAAAAUUAAUUGUGAGAAGAGGGAGAAGAAAAACAACCAUACAAACCACAUCAACCAACCGAUAUAACACAUUAACAAAAAAAAAACAAAUAACAAAAAUGUUUUAGUAUUUUGAUGAGAGAAAUUAGAGCAUUUAAAAACACACUUCGAGGUUGAACCAUUUAUUAGGAAUUAAACAUCCCAUUGCACAUACACACCACGAUUCCACACAACGGGUGUUAGUCGAUCGAUAAAACACAAUUAAAAACAAACAAAUCCAUCAGAAAAUCCAAUUUGAAUUGAAAUCCGCUCCCUCUGAUGUGUCUACAUGUUUAUAAAAACGAUUUAAAGUUUAAUCAACAUAGAAAUUUAACAAAAAAAAACAAACAAACAAACAACAACAAAAACUAUCAACUGAGCUAUGUACGUAACGUAAGGAAACCGCAAUUUCUCACUUUUCUCGCCGUGUUUCAAUUUUCAUUUUGCGUCGUUGAACCAUCUUGUUUGUUGUUUUAUUCCAUUUCUUUUGGACAUUUUUUAAAUCAAUUUUGGGCGAUUUGAAGAUCAUCAUUGAGAAACAGAUGCAAAACGAACAAGCAAAAAAAAGCAGAGAAAUGACAAAAAAAAAAUUUAAAACUUUUUAAUCGGCUGUCUAGACUAUAUGAUGAAUUUUACAUAUAUAUUAUUCUCAAUGAGGCUAAACUAAAAUUAACAGAACAAAAAAAAAUUUUAUCAAAUCUAAAAAUAAAGCAAACAAUUUACGUGUUCGAAUUAUAAGUGCAAAGCCCCGCCGCGUGCAACAAAAUUGACAGAGAAAAAAAGCGUUUGAUAAAUCGAGAAUGAUAGGAUUCGAAUUGGAAGCGAACAAAUACAAAUCAAACAAGUGUGCAAACCAAAAAAAAAACGAAUAGGAAACAAUCUAAUUUAGCUUAAAACAACAACAACAACAACAACAACAAAUACAAAAAAAAGUAAUUCUAACAUUUUCGACUAAAAUUGAAUGCAUUACGAACAUAUGAUUAUUGCAAUUAAUACAUUAAAAAAAUUAAUCAAUUGUCGCUGAUUUGAUUUCAAAACAUUUUUUUUUCUAUAUUUAACAACAAAUAGAUUUUAUCGAUAUUUUUUAGUCAUAUUUCAAAAGAAGAAGAAAAAUAACUGAAAAAGAGAGAAUGAACAUAAUAAUAAAUUUAAAUUUGAACAACAACAACAACAACAACAACAACAAAAUCUUAUCAAAUACUCUAUGCAAUUGCGUACCUUUACAAAAUCAGAGAUGAUUCUCUUUUUGCCUAUUUUCCGCUGGUUAUCAACUAACUACGGAUUCGACCUAAAAAUCGUUAUCCUUUUCCAUUCACUCAGAAUGCUUUUAAUGUGUGUGUGAUUUUCAACCUUACCAUGUUUUUUUCGACAUCAUCACCACGGCUUGAUUCACACACAAAAAAAGAAGAAAAUUUCAUUCUUACUCUCUCUAUUUCUCUCUCAUUCAUUCGGCCUCUAAAAUAGAACACACACAAAAGCGGAAAAUGAAUAAAAGAGAAUUUUAUCACUGCCAAACUGUAUAAAAAUAAAGAGAAGGAAAAGAACAAACAAUUUAAAUAUACAAAAUAAUGAUUGCAUUUUAACGAUUAUUGUUUUUAUUGAUUACAACAAAGAAAAAUCUAGGGAAAAAACUAUUUACUACUCGCAUAAGCGUAUUUAUUAAAGUGAAUUAAGAACAAACAAAAAACUACACUGACAACAGUAACAGUAACAACAACAACAAGAAAAAACUAAUAAAAGUGAAUUUCAACCAAAUCCAAAGCGAAUUCCGGGUGAAUGAAAAUUAAAACAAAUAGCAACCAGCAAAAAAAUAUUUUCUGAAAAUUCAGGCUAGACAAAUUUUAGUCCAAUGAUUGGAUUGAAAGAAAUUUAAGAAAUUUAAAACAAAGAGAUACAAUGGGAAAAGUAAGGAAAAUUUUAACAAAGAGCGAAAGAAAACUAGAGAGAGCUGCAAAUAAGAAUGGAUUUAGGCGUACAAAGUACAAGAACAAAAACAAAGAAAAAAUAGAAGAAGAAGAAGAGAACACGUUAGAAAUUACGUAAGAGAAGAACCGAAUCCAAUGAAUAAUAACAACUAGAAUACUUUCAAAUAAAGUGGUCAUCGUA